AUGUCCUUAACUAGAGAAUCAACUGUCAUCCUAAUAACGGGAACCUCCUCAAACCUUGGUUACAACAUCGCAGUGCGUAUGUUGGAGCAAUUGCCUGAUAAGUCCAAUAUUACUUUAAUCGUCACUUCCCGUACUUUACCGAAAGCCAUUGAACUGAUCAAGGAUAUCAAGAAGUUCAUCGUUGAGAAUGUACCACAAAAGCUUUCUUACGUCGAGUUUGACUACAUCUUGGUGGAUUUUGCAGAUAUGGUAUCGAUCCUUUCAUCGUAUUAUGAAUUGAACAAGAGGUAUAAGCACAUUGAUUAUUUAUUUAUCAAUGCCGCACAAGGUGUUUAUUCUGGAAUUGAUUGGGGUGCUGCUGUUGUAGAAGUGCUAAAGAACCCCAUGCAGGCCGUGACGGAUCCAACAUAUAAGCUUCAAAGAACAGGCGUUGAAUCUAACGAUAAGUUGGGGCUAGUAUUUCAAGCAAAUGUUUUUGGUCCUUAUUACUUUAUACACAAAAUUGAACAUUUAUUAGAAAACGGAGGCAAAAUUGUUUGGAUUGGAUCUAUAAUGUCCCACCCCAAAUAUUUGUCCUUCAACGAUUUACAGUUGUUAAGAUCUCACGAAUCAUACGAAGGAUCCAAGAGGUUAGUAGAUCUUAUGCACUUUGCUACGUAUGAAAAGUUAAAAAGAGAAAAACAAAUUGAGCAAUACUUGGUUCACCCUGGUAUAUUCACAAGUUUUUCAUUUUUCCAAUAUCUAAACUUUUUCACGUAUUAUGGAAUGAUGUUCCUAUUCUACAUGGCAAGAUGGUUGGGCUCGCCAUACCACAAUAUUUCAGGUUACAUUGCGGCAAAUGCUCCUGUAGCAGCUGCCCUAGGAAAGACCAAACAAAGUGCCAAAGUCGGAUCUGCUUGCGAUAGAGCUGGUAAAGAAUAUCUCAUUUACGAAGAAGUGGAUACAACAGGAAAGGAUGACGUGGGUAAAUAUUUGGAAGACUUGAGCCUUGAAUGGGAUGAAAAGCUUAAAAAUCAAAUUUCCAACUCGCGACAAGCAUAG